AUGUGGAGCGUAGCUACUCGUCGCUGGGCGGCGCGUGCUGGUUCUCGCCACACGCAAGCGUCUGCAUUGGUUUCGCACUUCUCAACGUCUGGAGAGUCGAAGGACGAGAAACUAGAGGCACAGGUGAAGAAAUGGCAGCAGCAGAAGCCCGAGGAUAAAACCAAAUUCUUGUCCGUGCAGGUGGACCGCUCAGCGCUCAAGCAGCCGGGUGGUGCGCUGGCCAGCAACCUGCCCGUAGACUUGCCACAGGGCAAGAGCAAGGAAAACUCACUAGUGCACGUGCUACGCUCCAUGAUCGAGGUCAAAGGACCGCUUACGGUGGCCGAGUUCAUGUCCCGCUCUCUGAGCCACCCGGACCACGGCUACUACAUGAAGAAGGACGUCUUUGGCAGUCAAGGAGACUUCACCACUGCGCCCGAGAUUAGUCAGAUGUUCGGUGAACUCAUUGCGGUCUGGUGCGUGGCAACGUGGCAACAAAUGGGUAUGCCUAGCCAUAUCAAGAUCGUGGAAAUGGGCCCAGGACGAGGCUCCCUCAUGAGCGAUUUCUUACGAGCUGCCAAGUCAUUCCCGCCGUUCUACGACGCCAUUGAGAUCCACAUGGUGGAUAUUAGUCCAGCAAUGCAGAAGAUUCAGCAGGAGACGCUCAAGUGCGAGCCGGUUGAGGACAAGACAGCACCGGAGAAUACAAUGCGGCUUCCGGAUAACGGACCCACUGUUCGCUGGCACGCAGACUUUGCCAAUGUGCCGCAUGGCCCGAGUUUGAUGAUCGCACAGGAACUGUUUGAUGCUCUGCCGGUGCAUCAGUUCGAGUACACGGACCGUGGCUGGCGCGAGCGCUUGGUGGACAUUGACUUUGAGGACGGCGGCGAUCAUUUCCGGUUCGUGCUGUCGCCUGGCCCGACACCGGCGACGCGCGUGUAUAUUGGACGCGAGAAGCUGUUUGACCCGUCAACUGCUCUAUCACACGUCGCUGAGACGCAUAUCUCCGGCGUAGAAGAUCUUAAGAAGAUGCAAGAGACGGUAGUGCAGCGUUUGGACGUUGCAGACGUGACUGGUACGCCGGUACACACGCCCCAAGCUCAGGUCGGUGACAAGAUCGAGAUUUCGCCUGUUAGUAUCGCUCUGGUGCAGGACAUGGCCAAGCGUAUCUCGCAGUCAGGAGGUGGAGCGUUGAUCGUGGACUACGGCUACGACCACCCGUCCGAGCUCAGUCUUCGAGGUAUCAAGAACCACGAGUUCUCGGCCAAGGCACGUUCUUGA